AUGGUGGCAGCUUCGCAGGCAUCAAUCUCCGCCGGCCCCGCCCCGUCGGCCGGCCGGUUCGGGAAGAAGACAAAGCCUGUGACUGAGAUGGAGCUAGACUCGGUGGUGACAUCCUUCGCUGGCCCUUCUCCGUCGAUCGACCUUUCGGAGAAGGCAGAGCCUACGACUGAGAUGGUGGCAGACUCGGUGGCGACACUCUUCGCUGGCCCUGUGGCGUCGGAGAAGAAGGCGACACCUCGUACCGUGGUGGAGGCAUCACCCUUCGCUGGCCUCGCUCCGUUGAUGGACCGGCCCGACAAGAAGCCAAAGGCUCUGGCUAAGAUGGAGGUGGACCCGGAGGCAUCCUUGUUCGCUGGCCCGACAUUCAUGGUGUCGCCGGACCCGAGCGAGCUGCCUAUGCCGACCUUCAUCAUGUCGCCGGACCCGAGCGAGCUGCCCAUUCCAACCUUUCCUCUAUAA